UGUGGACAAAGAAAAGAAUUAGACAUUAAACUAUUCUACUGUUUGUAAUUGGCGCUUGGAAAAAAUAGUUUUUUUUUUACGAUACUUUCGCCGCUUACAACUCUACAUGGAAGCAGGUGGUUUUCCGGAUGAUUGCUUUAACAUACGUGGGCCUAAUACUUUUUUCGAUCUUCUAACAAAUAAACGGGAUUAUCUUUCGAAUGCACUGCCUCUAAGUCAAAUGAUACUGAUGUUAAUUCUCAGGGAAUCAGUCCCGGCUUUGAUCGUAUUAGAAAUGAUUCUGCAACUGUUACUUCGCGUUAAUAAAUUUACCCCAGGACGAAGUUAGAAGCCCCGAAAAAGCCGAAAACAGCUUCAUGAAAGGCGCAAUGUUGAUCGACAAACAACAAUCACUGCCGAGUGUCAGUUCAAGUAAUCUGUCGAGAUUAAUAUUCAACGGAAGGGAUAUAGAUUUUAGGAAGCCGGAGUUGGACACCCAAAGUGCAUCUCCUAAAUUGUUCAAGCGGCCUUGCACCUGCUCGAACCGUGGUGUCAAUCACGAAAAGGCCUCUAUUAGUUUCCACUGGCCUUGUUUGUUUUCCUGAAUAUAUAUUUUCAACUUAAUUUAAUAAUAACAAGACUGAUCAUUUUCUCAGUACACUUGCGAGAGCAACGAUGAAUAACACCUCUGUUACUUUAACGACAUGUUUUUUCCUCGACACUACUUCUGAGUCCUCGGAGCAUUUCGAUUCCUUGAGUCUUGCCUGCCUUGUUCUCCAUUCUGUUUCAUUUCUGCCCGCGGCGCUUGGUAAUGGCAUUGUGGCGCUGACAACAUUAAAAACACCUUCGCUUCACAAGCCCUCUUUUGUGCUGCUGAGUUGCGCAGCCAUGGCAGAUUCACUCACUGGAUUUCUCGCUCAACCGGUAGCAAUGGCGUCGUUCGCUGCUAAAUUGCGAAGAAAAUUAAUAACUGCUUGUCAGUUGGACGUCGUGAAGGAAAUCAUGGGUUGGUUGUUUAGCGGAGUAUCCGUUAGCAUUUUAGCUUUGCUGAGCGUUGAACGCUAUCUCGUGCUUCACUUAGGAACGCGCUACCGUUCAGUUGUCACAGUGAAACGUGUUCUCCUGGCUGUCACUGUUUUCUGGUUGUCGCUGGUAAUAUUGGAAAUUCUUCGCUUCCUUGUUUUGAAUAACAAGACAUUUACAGCCAUCCAUGUUCCAUUCAUGUUUCUAAGCCUCAUGACUCUCACAGCGACUUACUUUCAAAUCCAUCAUUAUAUAAAGAGACAGAGUCUAAAACUGACUCCGGCAAAUAAUCGACAAGUACACAGCUUUGACAUUGCCAAGUACAAGAAAAUCACUGUGGCUGUUCUGUACAUUGUUUGUUUUUACUGGUUGUUUUUUGCACCAUUCGUGUGCGUUCUUGUGGCUUAUCUCAUUCUUGGUUUCUCGGAAACCGUUGAAGGAGCUUAUUACAUCACCACAACUGUUAUUCUGGCGAAUGCGGCCGUAAACCCAUUUUUGUAUUGCUGGAAGCUACGAGCUCUUCGGAAAGCAGUGUUAAUAAAUUUGAAGUUGAUACUUCAACUGGACUAGAGUGGAAAAAAGAAAAACGGAAUUGUCUUUUUCUUUUUCUGGAAAUAUAUAAUUCAUCUUCAUUGGAAUUAACAGGAUCUUUUUAAAUUUCGUCUGCGGUUAAAGUCCAAAACUUUAAUUAUUUUUCAUUACGCUGUCAAAGUCAAUUGUAUUAAUGUAGGUGUUCAGCUUGAGCGUGCUUUACACUCUGCGCAUAUUUAAGCCUGCGCUUACACUAGACUGUUUUCCUAUAAGUACGGUUAAAAAUAUAAUCGCAUCCUCUCGAUGGGAAAUUU